AUGUGGUUUCUAUGUGUCUUCUACCACAGACUACUCGACUUCAGAAAGCCAGAGGUCGAAGCAUUAGCAGAACUCUUCGGAGAAGAAGAUGAGUCUCCUCUCCAAUGGCGUCUCCCUGAACACCACCAUAACGAUACUCCCUUCCACUUCGUCCACCUUUCCUCCGAAGAAAUCGCACAAAACAUCGCCAAAAGAAGCCUAUUGGUGAAAGGAAUGUAUGAGCUUUGGGGUGAAGGAGCUUCCUACGAAGAGCUUAAAGACUCCAUUGAAAGGUUUCCUGAUUCUCGCAAGCUCCCGUUUCUUGCUUCUGACUCCACUUUUAGAAUCUCUGUGGAAACUUUCGGAAAGGCUUUGACUUUCGAUGAGCAGAGGGAGAGAAUCGAUUCUUUUACUUAUGUCCCUUUCAAGGGAAAGGUUAACUUGAAGAACCCUGAUCACAACUUCUUUCUCAUGGAGAUGGAUGAAUCUGAAGAGAACAAUGGACUUCAACCCAUUCUACAGAGAAGAAUCUUCUUUGGGAGGGAGGUUGGUUUUGCUGAUAGGAAGCUGUUACCUACUUUUCAGUUGAAGUCUCGAACUUACCUUGGCCCCACUGCUAUGGAUGCUGAAAUGGCUUUCUUGAUGGCUAAUCAAGCAAAAGCUGCGUCUGGGAAGCUUGUGUAUGAUCCUUUUGUUGGUACUGGGAGUAUUCUUGUUUCUGCUGCACGUUUUGGUGCAAUGACAAUGGGUGCAGAUAUUGAUAUCAGAGUAGUGCGUGAUGGACGUGGUCCAGACUGUAAUGUUUGGAGCAAUUUCAAGCAGUAUGGGUUACCUACGCCAGUAGCUUUACUUAGAAUGGAUAAUAAUCUUCCUCCAUGGCGUUCCGGGCUAAAAGAGAUAUUUGAUGCGAUUAUAUGUGAUCCACCUUACGGGGUUCGAGCUGGUGGACGCAAAUCUGGUGGCAGGAAAAUCCUUAAAGGGACAGUGGAUCCUUACACAGUCCCUGAAGACAAAAGAACAGAUCACAUUCCAUCCACUGGUGCAUAUAGUCUAGUUGAGUGUGUUCAUGAUCUGCUUCACCUAGCUGCAAGAAUGCUUGUGAUGAAAGGCAGGCUCGUCUUUUUCUUCCCUGUUUUGAGAGAUGAGAAUGGUAGUGAGGUUAAGUUUCCUGAGCACCCUUGUUUCAAGUUAGUAGCUGUCUCCGAACAGAUAUUGAGCUCGAGAUACAGUAGGGUUUUGCUAACCAUGGUGAAAGUAGAGCCUUAUAGUGAAGUGAUUGAAGAAGCUGCUCGGCUAAUGCAUUUAGAGUUUAGGGAGAAUCAUCUUAAGUGGUUAGAGGAAGGUAAUAUUCAUUCCUCUGUGUUUAAACCUUCUGAUACUUCAGAGAUUCGUACUGAUUCCAAAAGCUUUAAAGAUCCUAAACCAAAGUACAGAGGGAAGUAUGUGUAAGGAUUGAGUUUUGUAUUCUUUGUGUUUAUAUAUGCUGAACGCUAUAGUUCUGAAUGUAUUCCCAUUUUUCAAUACAAGUGAACUUUUAGGGUUAUUGGCAAACCACGUAUGCAGAAAAUACAUAACAAAAGAGAUUGAAAACAUGAUUAAUUAUUAGAAUAAUCAUCAAUUUAUUUUGGUGUACAUAAUACUAUUAUCUUUAUUAUGCAUACAACUCUGUUUUCAUUAGGCCAAAGAUAAAACAUCACACUAUAGGAUGAGAAGCCACGUGGUAACAAGAAGGCAGAAGACCAGCUUAUUGAUCCGACAUAGUCAUGCGUGGCUACAAUGGAGAACAAACAGAGCAGGACCAUGAGAUUCAACUUGAAUGGUCACCGAAUCUUUCGUUGGUCCAAAGUCUUUACCGCUCCAUAUCUCGUGGCUCUUACAAGAAGCUCCUUCAAGAUGCGUCUUGUUCUGAAGAGCCUUGGCAAUGUCUGAUAUCUUGGCUGAUACUGUCGUCUUCACAGGAUUUAAGUUGAAAAAAGCGACGUAUAUUUCUCCUCUUCUUCCCGUAGCAAUCCAAGAACGUACACCACUGGAGCUAGCCCCAGCUGCUGCAGAAGAUUGGUAAUAAUAAUGUCAACGAUUAUAAACAAGAGGAUGUCACUGUGUUGGUUGUACUAACCUUUCACUGGAUUUAAC